UUUUUUUUCUUGCCUUUCUUGAUUUUCCAGCUGUGUUUGCUACUGAAAGUAACCGUUCAGGAACAAGCUGCUCGUCGUUUCGAUAACAAAACUCACACAUGGGUACCAGAUCCUGUCGAGGGUUUUGUUGUGGCUGCCAUCAGCGUGCAGGAAGGAAACAACUAUACUCUUACAAUGCCCGAUGGAACGAUGAAGAAGCUGACUAAGGAUGAAUGUCAAGAAAUCAACCCAGCAAAGUUUGAGAAAGCGGAGGACAUGUCAAGCUUAACUUUUCUAAACGAGGCAUCUGUACUGCACAACUUGCGACAACGAUACUACUCGAUGAUGAUAUACACCUACUCGGGACUCUUUUGUGUCUUUAUCAAUCCAUACAAGAUGCUACCAAUCUAUACGGAUUCUGUUCAAGCAAUGUAUGUGAAUAAACGUCGAACAGAAAUGCCACCGCAUCUAUUCGCCGUUUCGGAUGAGGCGUACAGGAAUAUGAUGACAGAUCACGAAAAUCAGUCAAUGUUGAUUACUGGAGAAUCUGGUGCCGGAAAGACUGAAAACACCAAGAAGGUCAUCGCUUACUUUGCCAACAUUGGUGCAAAUAAGGAGAAUUCCUCUACUCAAAAGUCCGUUAAAUUCAAGGAUCUUGGGGUAAGCCUUGAACGUCUUUAUUUUCUUCUGUCAGUUCAAGAUUUAAAAAACCUGUGCUUUUGGUAA